UCCCUCUGCAGGCCGGAGACCGCAUUGCAGAAGAAUAUUUUUAUGUUCUAGGUAAAGUUGUGUUGGAUUUGUUAGCGCGAAAAAAAUAACCAAUUAGUAUUUUUGUUGUUCUAUUAAAAUAUAUAAUUCCUUGAGCAUAUUAGACGUACAAAGCUAUGUUUUGAUGGCAUGAUUUGUCACGCCUCUGUGGGCAGCUUCACACUUGAUGCCAAUUAGAUUAACGUUAGCACUCAUCCACAGGUACAGCACUGCUACUACUGAGACUGGAGACUUUUUAAUUUAACGUUACUUUUAAUUUAUUUGGUCGUUUACUGUAAAUUAGUUGGCUUUCAAUGGACUGCAAUGAACAUGGAUGAGGAGGCAUCCCUCGAAAGUUACUUUGACCAGACUAUUGCUGGCUCAUCUGAUUAUAUCUUUGAAGGGGAUCUGGGUCUGCAGGGUUCGACUUCGCAGCUCCAGGAUUCCUCUUUUCUGUCCUCUUUAGCGUCUCAGGAGAAAGAUCUGACAGAGGACUUGGACCUGAGCUUCUUACCUGAUGAACUGAGCACUCAAGAUGAGCCGUCACAAGUUGAGAAAGAAAGCAAGAAUGAAGACAGCGGCAUCUACACCGACUGCCCGCAGAAAGAGUCCACACAGGCAGACAUUGACACCAGUAAUUCGGCCCAAAAUACCUCACAGUUCAACCUCCCGAUGACUCCCAUGACCCCGAUGACUCCCAUGACCCCGGUGGCAGAGAGUUCAGGCAUCAUCCCGCAAUUACAGAAUAUUGUGUCAACUGUGAAUCUUGCUUGCCCUCUGGAUCUCAAAUCCAUUGCACUUCAAGCUCGAAAUGCUGAAUACAACCCAAAGCGUUUUGCUGCUGUUAUAAUGAGGAUCCGUGAACCAAGAACUACGGCUCUCAUUUUCAGCUCUGGAAAAAUGGUCUGCACUGGAGCCAAGAGUAGUGAAGAGCAAUCUCGCCUCGCUGCACGGAAAUAUGCUCGGGUGGUACAGAAACUUGGUUUUCCUGCCAAAUUCCUCGACUUCAAAAUUCAAAAUAUGGUUGGGAGUUGUGACGUCUGCUUUCCUAUACGCUUGGAAGGCCUGGUCCUCACUCAUCAGCAGUUCAGCAGCUACGAGCCCGAGUUGUUUCCAGGUUUGAUAUAUCGCAUGGUGAAACCACGUAUUGUGCUGCUGAUUUUUGUGUCUGGAAAAGUUGUGCUCACAGGUGCAAAAGAGCGGUCCGAGAUCUAUGAAGCCUUUGAAAAUAUUUACCCCAUCCUGAAAGGAUUUAGGAAGCAAUAGAUGCACCGCACUUAAACUGAGCUUAUAUGCACAUCUUGGUGGUACUUGAGAGGUUUAAAUGCAUUUAUUUAAUCAUAACCUUGUUUAUUGUUAUUCCACUUGGUUAAAUGUCUUUACAUAUACUUUUUGUAUUGUCUACAUUUGUGAGGGAUGCUGAAAUAACAGACCAUCCCAAAGUGUACUGUGAAAUAGAGUAUGUUUUGUUAAAAUGUUCAGAUUGUGGGCUCUGUAAUGGAGACACAAAGUAUCCACUUGCGUUAUUAUGACUAUGUUUUGUCCUAUUUGUACUUGUCGAACAGGUUAAUAAAAUGUUUGAACAUUUUGCAG